CUAGGGCAGUUGACCAAAAUGCCAAUCAAAAUCUUCAGCGGCAGCUCCCGCCAGGACUUAUCCCAGAAAACUGCCGACCGAUUGGGCCAGGAGCUGGGCAAGGUGGUGACUAAGAAAUUUAGCAACCAGGAGACCUGCGUGGAAAUAGGCGAGAGUGUGAGGGAUGUCCACAUAUUGCAGAGUGGUUGUGGCGAAAUCAACGACAAUCGAAUGGAGCUUUUCAUCAUGAUUAAUGCCUGCAAGAUUGCUCCAGCCAGCCGAGUUACUGCAGUCAUCCCGUGCUUCCCCUGUGCGCAGGAUAAGGAGGAUAAGAGCCGAGCCGCAAUCUCCGCCAAACUUGUAAAUACGCUGUCUAUAGCAGGUACAGAUCGUAUCAUCACGAUGGUCAACGCUUCUCAAAUUCAGGGCUUUUUUGAUAUCCCAGUAGACAAUUUGUAUGCAGAUCCAGCUGUCCUGAAGUGGAUAAAGGAAAAUAUCUCUGAGUGGAGGAACGGCAUGAUUGUCUCUCCAGAUGCUGGUGGAGCUAAGGGAGUGACCGCCGUUGCAGAAAGACUGAAUGUGGACUUUGCCUUGAUUCACAAAGAACCGAAGAAGGCCAAUGAAGUGGACCGAAAGGUACUAGUGGGAUAUGUGAAGGAUUGUGUGGCUAUCCUUGUGGAUGACAUGGCUGACCCUUGUGAUACAAUCUGCUAUGCAGCUGACAAACUUUUCUCAGCUGGAGCCACCAGAGUUUAUGCGAUCUUGACUCACGGAAUCUUUUCUGGCCCGGCCAUUACUCACAUCAACAGUGCAGGCUUUGAAGCAGUAGUAGUCACCAAUACCAUACCUUAGGAGGAUAAGGUGAAGCAUUGCUCCAAAAUACAGGUGAUCGACAUCUCCAUGAUCCUUGCCGAAGCCAUCAGAAGAACUCACAAUGGGGAAUCUGUCGUCUACCUGUUCAGCCAUGUCCCAUUGUGACA